UAGGACGUACUUGCACACUUUUCAAUGACACAUCUUCUCAUUCGCACCUAUGGACUUAAUUGUUAUCAGAUAUGGCAACCAAAACAACAACCAUAGCAUAAAAACGGGGUAUGCUUAAAAUCGAUAGAUAGGCUAAAGUAAAAUACUGAGAAAACCCACUAGGACGGACGCACCUUCCUACGUUUACUGCUGUCCUGCAAUUACAACCGUUUUAAGAGGCGACUAUUUGAGUAGUUGCAUAUCAUUGGUACCUUUGCAAGGUAAGGAAACACAGGUUAAGACAAGCAACAUUUCAGGGGAGGGGAUAACGCGAGCAGAAAGUUCUAUAGCCUCACCAGUCAUCAUUAUGCCGAGGUAUAAGUUUUUUAUGUGUUUGAUGGUUUAUGUUUGUCUGGGACUGUCUGGGAGUGACGAACCUAACCUUUUUCUGCCACCAACGAGCGAGAUGCCCACCGACGCUGGGCUGUCGCUCCUUGAUGAGGAGGCAGGCGCUCACGAAUGUUCAGCAUGUGUUUGGAGAGAGCAAAGUAAAGUCCUGAGGCUGGAAACCAUCAAAUCUCAGAUCCUGAGCAAGCUGCGGCUCAAGCAGGCUCCUAACAUUAGUCGGGAGGUGGUGAACCAGCUGCUCCCAAAGGCGCCCCCGCUCCAGCAGCUUCUGGACCAUCACGACUUCCAGGGAGACGCGUCCUCCCAGGAUGAGUUUAUGGAGGAGGACGAAUAUCACGCCACUACAGAGUCCGUCAUCACUAUGGCCUCGGAGCCGGAGCCCUUGGUGCAGGUGGACGGCAAGCCCAGCUGCUGCUUCUUUAAGUUCAGCCCCAAACUCAUGUUCACCAAGGUGCUGAAGGCUCAGCUGUGGGUGUACCUUCGGCCGCUGCAGCAGACUUCCACCGUCUACCUGCAGAUCCUCAGGCUGAAGCCUGUCACGGAGCAGGGCAGCCGCCACAUCCGCAUCCGCUCAUUGAAGAUCGAGCUCAAUUCACGUGUGGGCCACUGGCAGAGUAUCGACUUCAAGCACGUGCUGCAGAACUGGUUCAAGCAGCCGCACACCAACUGGGGAAUCGACAUCAAUGCCUUCGACGAGAGCGGCAACGACCUGGCAGUGACCUCGCUGAGACCAGGAGAGGAAGGGCUGCAGCCGUUCCUGGAGGUUAAGGUUCUCGAGACGACCAAACGUUCCCGACGUAACCUGGGACUGGACUGUGACGAGCACUCCACCGAGUCCCGCUGCUGCCGCUACCCGCUGACGGUGGACUUUGAGGCCUUCGGCUGGGACUGGAUCAUUGCUCCUAAGCGCUAUAAGGCCAACUACUGCUCGGGCCAGUGUGAAUACAUGUUCAUGCAGAAGUACCCACACACCCACCUGGUACAACACGCCAACCCCAGAGGCUCAGCAGGGCCCUGCUGCACCCCCACCAAGAUGUCACCCAUCAACAUGCUCUAUUUCAACGACAAGCAGCAGAUCAUCCACGGCAAGAUCCCUGGUAUGGUGGUAGACAGGUGUGGCUGCUCUUAGGUCCAACGGAAGUCAUGCAUACUCAUGCACACCCAACUCUGCAUUAUUUCCACCCAGAACCCUGACUGAGACCUCCUCUGGCAGCAGACUCUCACUCCCCUCUCCCCAGACUCUCACUCCCCUCUCCCCAGACUCUCACUCCCCUCUCCUCUCCCCAGACUCUCACUCCCCUCUCCUCUCCCCAGACUCUCACUCCCCUCCCCUCUCCCCAGACUCCCCUCUCCCCAGACUCUCACUCCCCUCUCCCCAGACUCUCACUCCCCUCCCCUCUCACCCCCUCCCCUCUCAAUCCCCUCUCCCCCGACUCUCACUCCCCUCUCCCCAGACUCUCACUCCCCUCUCCCCAGACUCUCACUCCCCUCCCCUCUCACCCCCUCCCCUCUCAAUCCCCUCUCCCCAGACUCUCACUCCCCUCUCACUCCGCCACAAAACAUCCCACUGGACCUACAUUCUCUUAGUUAUUGAUUUUAGUCAAACAUGUAAAAAGUUCAUAUGAAAUGAAGAUAGGAGUGAGGCUGAGUGGUAGAAAUAUAUAUAUAUUGACGAUUAUGAAGGGGGUCUAUCUGUGGAGCAGCUUAAGAAAUUGAUGGUAAAUAAGACAACUAUGUUUUUGUUAGUUUUUCUUUUUUUCUUUGAAAAGAUGGUGUCUUUAUUGAGAUGUCCUGAAUAGUGGAUCCAGACUGAUGGAGGGAGACAUUUCUAAGCAGUUACAGUAUAUUAUCAUUUUUCCACAACUUUCACUUUUAGCAUCAUUACAACAAAAAAAUCCCUUGUCUACUUUUAGACUAAAAGUUCAUGAAAUGAAUCCAAAAUGUUGUUUUAAAAAAAAUAGUAAUGUUCUAGAGAUUGUGUUGAAAUCCAAAAGCAAACUCUGUGCCCUCUGUAGAUGUAACUACCACCCCAGUGUGACAUUCUUGAGAAUCCAAGAACCCUUUCACAGUUACUUUGAUCUUAUUUUACCUGUAAUCUUGUAAAACGUUAACAUACGAAAAUAGUUUUCACUACCGUAAAGUGAACAGCAAAGGGUUUGUUUACACUUUCUCCCUAUGUUUUACUGCAGAAGCUCACAUAACAGUUUAGAUGACCUCCAAUAUCAACCUGUGCACAAAGUUUAGAUGAACUAAGACAUGUCAAAGUAACUCUUAAAACUGUGUGUGGUCUAGAUUAAGAACACACAAAAAAAAUCAGGUUUUGGCUUGUUAGAUCUUUGUAUAGAUCAUCUUUUAUAUGUAAUAGACUAAAUCCAAGAGCAUUUUAAAAUCAACAACAUGUGAGUCAUGCAAGGGUGCCAGUUUACACUACUGUAAUUGUCAGAUUAUUUUGUAUGGAGUAAAUUCCGAGUGAAAGGGAACCCCACAAGUACCUUGACAAAUGUGGUCCACAUGAAUAUAGCCUACUUAUAUACUUUUGUCAUUUUCACUCUGCACACUGUGCAAUUACCAUUCCCACUACUAUCCUCUCACAUUAAUUUACACAAACAAACCCAAUGAGUAGAGGACCAAAUGUAUUCUGCCAAGUUGCUAUGGUGGGAAUGUUAUGAUGGUUGUGACAAAGAAGACAACCUUGUGUUGGAAAGAAACUAAACUGCUUGAUUGAUAUAGGCCUUUGUGCUACUAAGGGAAGAAGAGCUAGGUUGUGCAUCAUAAAGAUAAGGAAAACACUGAUACAGAUAAUACAGCUGAAAUGCCAUUUCUAGUUUAGAGAACAUAUUUUGAUUGAAUAUCCCAGAGCCCCUAUCCCCACCUGUAAUAUGCAGUAAAUAUUGAACGUGCUUGAAAGACUGUAGAUAAGAAGCUUGAAGUCUGUCUUGUUUCCUGGAUGUGAAUAUAUCCCUUUGUUGUAAACGAAAGCACUACGCUGUUGGGAAAAGGAAGAGCCUUUUGACAUAAAUAAUAUAUGUAUAUAAUUAAAAGGGAUACAAAAAAUCCUUUCUGGGCACUACCUUACCAACAAUAAAUUUUGCACUAUGGGACGUUCAUAGCGUGAGGAGUCAUGUUGUUGUUUGUGUUUGUAUUUUACCUAAUCAAGCACGAGCGUUUACAAUUGAAAAAAGAACUGUUCAAGCUUCUGGCACCGUGUGGAUAAACUAGUCAGCCUCUCACUUCUUUUGUUACCAUCACGCUUUCCUGACUUCCUUUUUGUCUGAAGCGGAGGCCUGUCCAUAUUCUCACGCUCUUCCUACACCCAGAAACCUGGACUGACCAGCGGCCAAAAGGCCUCAUCGCCCUACCGAGGUGAUAAGUCAUGUGUGUAACAAGUGUCUGGACUGAUGAACAUAGAACGCUUUAAACUGGAAAUGCCCCUCCAUCAACUUCAAUCAAUUUGUUAUCAACUUUGACAGACUUUUGUCCUUUUGAAUUUGAGCUACUUUUUGUGUUGACUGUCUAACACAGACACGUUUUGCCUUUGUGUGUUUUGAGUGAGAGUGCCCAUAUUAGAAUGGGAAAAGGUAUCCAGGGAUCGUUAGCCAAAGUAGAGGAUGACAUGUUGUGUGCUGUAACUUUUGUAACUGCAGGAAUAUGCUAAACAAUUUCAAAGGGAGAAAAAAAUGUGGUAUGGGCAGUGGUUGGAAACAAUUCAACUGGUCAAGUGUAUAUUUAUUCAGAUCAAAUCAAUGAAUUUCAAAGUAUGUCUACCUCACUUUAGCAUUGUGAAACCUUGCUUAAAAAAAUUGACAGUUAGGUUUUGUUAUGAGUUAAUAUGUACAAACAUGUAACCAGAAUAGUAAACCCCAAAACAUAGACUAAAGCCACAGGGUCACCUUGAUCUCAGAUCCAGAUUGAGACAUUUACAGUGGAGUUCAAAAGAGUGACUGAAGCAAAUAACUAAAGGUAAUUUGUGCUGACAAAUGAAUAAUAAAUAUCUGUGCCCAGGACCAUUGGUUAACUCUGGUUAAUGCAGUGGAUAAAGUUGCAUCUUGACUUUGUGUAUGUAUACUGGUAUGUACAGUGCCUUCAGAAAGUCUUCACACCGCUUGACUUAUACCACAUUUCAUUGUUAGAACCUGAAUUCAAAAUAUAUCAAAUCUAUUUUUCCUCGCCCAUCUACACACAAUACACCAUAAUGACAAAGUGAAAAAAUGUUUAUUGAAAAUGAAAAGCAGAAAUAUCUAAUUUACAUAGUAUUUCACACCCCAGAGUCAAUACAUGUUAGAAUCACCUUUGGCAGCGAUUACAGCUGUGAGUGAGCGCUUCGCACACCUGGAUUGCACAAUAUUUGCACAUUCUGUUUUUAAAUUCUUCAAGCUCUGUCAAGUUUGUUGAUUAUUGCUUGACAGCCAUUUUCAAGUCUUGCCAUAGAUUUUCAAGCUGAUUUAAGUCAAAACUAACUAGGCCACUCAGGAACAUUCAAUGUUGUCUUGGUAAGCAACUCCAGUGUAUAUUUGGCCUUGUGUUUAAGUUUAUUGUUCUGCUGAAAGGUGAAUUUGUCUCCCAGUGUCUAUUGGGGAAAAAAACUCCCUAGUCUUUGCCGAUUACAAGCAUACCCAUAACAUGAUGCAGCCACCGCCAAUGCUUGAAAAUGUUUUGUUUUCAGCAAACAUAACACUUUAUUCAGGACAUAAAGUUAAUUUCUUUGCCAUAUUUUCUGCAGUUUUACUUUAGUGCCUUAUUGCAAACAGGAUGCAUGUUUUGGAUUGUUUAAAAAAAAAUCUGUACAGGCUUCCCUUCUUUUCACUCUGUCCUUUAGGUUAGUGUUGUGGAGUAACUACAGUUGUUGAUCAUGGUGAAAUCCCUGAGCGGGUUCCUUCCUCUCCGGCAACUGAGUUAGAAAGGACGCCUGCAUCUUUGUAAUGACUGGGUAUAUUGAUACACCACCCAGUGUAAUUAAUAACUUCACCAUACUGAAAUGGACAUUCAAUGUCUGCCUUUUUAAAUUUUUACCCAUCUACCAAUAGGUGUCCUUCUUUGCAAGGCAUUGGAAAACCUCCAUGGUCUUCAUGGUUGAAUCUGUGUUUGACAUUUACUGUUCGACUGAGGUACUUCACAGAUAAUUAAUUGUAUGUGGGGUACAGAAAUUAGGUGGUCGUUCAAAAAUCAUGUAAAACCCAUGCAACUUAUGUGACUUUUUUACUCCUGAACUUAUUUAGGCAUACCAUGAAAGGGGUUGAAUACUUAUUGACUGAAGACAUUUCAACUUUUCAUUUUUAAUUAAUUUCUACAAAAAAAACGGGUAUUGCGUAUAGGCCAAUGACACUCAAUUUGAUCAAUUUUAAAUUCAGGCUGUAACAAAAUGUGGAAAAAAGUCAAGGGGUGUGAAUACUUUCUGAAGGCUCUGUAUGAGAAAGUGUUUUCAUAUAUUUAAAUAUGAGAGGAAAAAAUCUAUGUAAAUAAAUACCCAAAUGUUAACAUUUUAUAAUGUUUUGGACAGGUUCUCCGCUUCUAAUGUUUUUGCCCACUUUUAUUUCUCUUUCAUUUGUUCACGUUAUGUAGAUAAAAUUCAACCCAAUGUUGUAGUUUAAUGGUUUUGCAUAUAUGAAUAACUGUUCCAUUGUUAUUUUGUUUUAUUUUCUGUCUUAUUUUGUACAAUAAAUCAUUUAUUUAGCUUACGAAAUUCA